AUGUCGUUCUCUCGGGCCUUCCCCAGGGCUCUCCUGAGGAGAUCCUAUGGCACCGUGCAAUCAUCUCCCAGCGCCGCCUCGAUCGCCAGCAAGAUCCCUCUCGCCCUGCAAGAAGCCACGGCAGCGACAGCCCCGCGGACGACCUGGACGCGCGAUGAAGUCCAGCAGAUCUACCACACGCCGUUGAACCAGCUCACCUACGCUGCUGCCGCCGUGCACCGCCGCUUCCACGACCCCUCCGCCAUCCAGAUGUGCACGCUGAUGAACAUCAAGACGGGCGGCUGCAGCGAAGACUGCUCGUACUGCGCGCAGUCGUCGCGGUACAACACCGGCCUCAAGGCGACGAAGAUGUCGCCCGUCGACGACGUGCUCAACGCCGCGCGCAUCGCCAAGGCGAACGGCAGCACGCGGUUCUGCAUGGGCGCCGCGUGGCGCGACAUGCGCGGCCGCAAGACGAGCCUCAAGAACGUCAAGGCGAUGGUGUCGGGCGUGCGCGAGAUGGGCAUGGAGGUGUGCGUGACGCUGGGCAUGAUCGACGAGAACCAGGCCAAGGAACUGAAGGACGCCGGCCUGACGGCGUACAACCACAACCUCGACACCUCGCGCGAGUUCUACCCCAGCAUCAUCACGACGCGGUCGUACGACGAGCGGCUGCAGACGCUGUCGCAUGUGCGCGAUGCCGGCAUCAACGUGUGCUCGGGUGGUAUUCUCGGCCUCGGCGAGGAGGACGCGGACCGCGUUGGGCUGAUCCAUACUGUUGCGUCGCUGCCGUCGCAUCCUGAGUCGUUUCCCGUCAAUGCGCUCGUGCCGAUCCCCGGCACGCCGUUGGGCGACCGCAAGAUGAUCUCGUUCGAUAAGCUGCUGCGCACGGUGGCGACGGCACGCAUCGUGCUGCCGGCGACGAUUGUGCGGCUGGCCGCGGGGCGUAUCUCGCUGUCUGAGGAGCAGCAGGUCGCCUGCUUCAUGGCUGGUGCUAACGCUGUGUUUACGGGCGAGAAGAUGCUCACGACCGACUGCAAUGGCUGGGACGAGGAUCGGGCGAUGUUUGACCGCUGGGGAUUCUAUCCUAUGCGCAGUUUCGAGCGUGAUGCGGACAACGUUGCCCCGACUGCUGGAGUGAAGACGGAAGAUAAGGCAGCUGCUGCGCCGGCCGCAGGGAGCUCGUAG